AUGAUCAUCCCAGUACGGUGCUUCACGUGUGGAAAGAUCGUGGGCAACAAAUGGGAGAUGUACCUUGGCCUGCUCCAGGCUGAGUACACUGAAGGUGACGCUCUUGAUGCCCUGGGCCUGAAGAGAUACUGCUGUCGAAGGAUGCUCCUGUCUCAUGUAGAUCUUAUUGAAAAGCUAUUGAAUUAUGCCCCUCUGGAAAAGUAG